AUGAUCAGAACACAUCGCCAAUUAGCACGGCAGUGGAAGAGUCUCAGUCCCAGUCCAUUUGCGCAACUUAGAAAGCGGAAUACAUCAAUCAGAAUGUCGUCAUUCUACCGAGUGGUUGAGCACACGGUCAAUUGCUGCCACACCAGAGAUCAUGUCACAGCAACAGCUCAUGGCGAUUCCGACACCCCAAAGCUCGCGGUGAAGCAGUACAUUCCUCUCGAUAACCCGAAUCCACAGCCGGGUGAUGUCACUAUCAUUGGAGCUCAUGCAAAUGGCUUUCCCAAGGAACUAUACGAACCGCUCUGGGAUGAAGUCUACCACCGAUCAGCCCGGAAUGGCUUGCGCAUCCGAUCGAUCUGGAUAGCGGAUGUGUGGAGCCAAGGCCAAUCAGGCGUCAUCAACGAGAAAAUACUCGGGAAUGAUCCUAGUUGGUCGGACCAUGCGAGAGAUCUGAUGAACCUGAUGAACCAGAAGCAAGACUCUAUACCUCACCCAAUUGUGGGAAUAGGCCACAGCAUGGGCGGUACUCAGCUGUCUCUCCUCUCUCUCAACCACCCACGUCUACUUAGGUCUCUAGUCCUGAUUGACCCUGUCAUUCAGGCACCCAACGGAAGCAUCCCUCCGGCAAUAGCUUCAACCCCUCGGCGAGACAUUUGGCCAUCCAGAGAAGCCGCGGCAGAACGGUUCAGAGGAAGCAAAUUUUUCCAGUCAUGGGACCCUCGCGUUCUUGAUCUCUGGAUUAAGCAUGGUCUUCGGCAAGCCCCAACAGAGCUGUACCCUUCAGAAGGAUCAGAACCUGACGAUCGAGUUACCCUCAUGACUUCGAAGCACCAGGAAUUGUUCAUGUUUCUGAGGCCGACAUAUCGGGGUAUUCCUGGAGAAAAGUACAGGGACCAAGAUCCAGUUGCUGAUCAAGAAUAUCCCGGUUACCCGUUUUACCGCCCCGAACCACUGCAGGUCUUCCGUCGCCUUCCUGAACUGCGCCCCAACACACUGUACAUAUUUGGAGACAAGUCAGAGCUGUCACCGUUGGAACAGCGCGAGGCGAAGAUGGCACGAACGGGCACGGGCGUCGGGGGUAGUGGGGGUGCAGCUGCCGAUCGAGUCAAGGAGGUGGUUCUUGACUGCGGCCAUCUUGUAGCCAUGGAAAAGGUUCAAGAGUGUGCAGAGUCCAUCACGGCAUUUCUCGGGAGCGAGAUGGCUAGAUGGCGACGAGAGAAGGAAGAGUUUGAGAGAUUCUGGAACGGACAGAAGAGACGGGAGCAAAUCACGAUUGAUGAGCAUUGGGCAGACAGGGUUAAACCUUCAGGGCCGGCUGGCAAGGUGAAGCUUUGA